AUGAUCCUGUCGUUCGACUUUAUUGGCGAGACUCAGGUCUGCCAAAGUAACGCUUUUCUGGACAGAGAUGGCGCCACUAGCCUAACGUUGCAGCGAUUGAGGCGUACCAUCGGUUCCGGCACCAGCUUCGUAAACUGCUUGGAGAUUGGCGGUACGCGGUUCUGUUCGUACGACCACGCGUUGUUGGAGGUCAUCGAAAGGGCUGGUCCGGGCGGGUGUCCCGAGGGUCGCGUGUUCCGCCACCGGUGCAACGUGUGCGAGUGCAAACGGGACGGUGCGUUGGCCUGCAGUACGGAUCUUUGCGCGGAGGACUUUUACGAGGCCGGCACCGGACUGCCGAGGUAUUGGUGAACCUUCCGCGAGGGGAAUAAAUUGGACGGAAAUUAGUGUAAUUUGUAGCGUGUGAGUGUGUGGCCCAUAACUUGCUGCCGGUGCACAUCGGUGCUGCUGUGGAGUGACUAAAGACUGGAACGUGCCUGCCAAAGAUCUGACCAACCGUGCUUAAAUGAAGAGGAGAAUCUAUGAUUUAUGUCGUAAAUGAAAUAGAACCCCGAAAAAUGCCCUGUUGGCUCACACUCGUAAAUCUUGCGGUU